AUGGCUUCGACAAAAAAGCCUUCUUUACCAAAAGCGGUAUUGGAUAUGAAGUUUAUGAAAAAAACCAAAGAAAGGUUAGAAAGAGAGUUUGAAAACUCAAAAGGUCAUGAUACACUAUAUGCUGAUGUUAUAACAAAUGAAAUGAAACAUGCCUCUAGUAAUUACAUAUCCGAAGCUAGUUUUAUAUUUUGCACAAAUUUAUUAGAAGGUAGAUUAUCAUUUAAAGGAAUGAAUCCAGAAAUUGAGCGAUUAAUGGAAAGAGAGAGCUCACAUACAAACAAUGGUGAAAUGACCAAAGAUGUAUCCGAUGAAGUUUUAGCUAAGACAAUGGUAAAGUUUGAUAAAAGAAAAAGACAUUCCAGUCCUAGCAAAUACAACAUUAUUAAAAAAAAGAAGCAGUAA